UCUAUGACAAGUGACAAGUUUGUGACACAAACUUUGUGUGUAUUUGAAUGAUAAUAAUAAUACUCAUCAAUAAUAUCAGAUUAUUAUUCUAUUACUAAAUUAAAUGAUUAUAGAAUUAUUUUAAAAAAAUGUCACGAGCUUCAACUCGAUUCGAUUCGAAAAAGGUUAAUUCAGAACUUGUUACUCUUACUUAUGGGGCUCUUGUUGCUCAGAUGGUAAAAGAUGCAGAAAAUACUGAUGAUGUCGGAAAACAGUUAGAACGAUUAGGUUAUAAUAUGGGCGUACGAUUGAUAGAAGAUUUCCUUGCUAAAACAGGAACAGGCAGAUGUAUUGAUUUGAAGGACACAGCCGAUAAAAUUCAGAGUGCUUUCAAGAUGUAUUUAGGUUUACAACCAAAUGUUGCGAAUUGGAGUCCUGCAGGAGAUGAAUUUUCUUUUUUAUUAGACUGCAACCCACUCACUGAUCUAGUUGAAUUACCAGAGGAACUAAAAAAUUUGAAGUAUUGUAAUGUAAUAUGUGGGGCUAUAAGGGGAGCUUUGGAAAUGGUGCAAUUAGAUGUUCAGAGUUGGAUUAUUCAAGACCAGCUGAAAGGCGAUCAGUGUACUGAAAUAAGAGUAAAGUUCAUUAGGAAACUUGAAGAUGCUUUGCCUGCUGGUGAAGAUUGAAGAAAUUAUAUCCUUAGCAUGAAGUUUAUAUACAUAAAACAAUUAUUUAGCAAAGCAGAAAAUGUUUGCUUCUAUAUUAAAUGAUUAUUGAUUAAAUGUACCCUUCUACCUGAGGAAUUAUAAAAGGUCAAUGAAGAUUUUCAAAAUUUCAUCUGAUCACAGGAGUAAUAUUGAAAGUCCUUUAAUUUGACCAUUAAUAUAUAUUAUUAAGUCAUAA